GAGUGUUGUGUCUCGGAACAAGUGAUAAUCCAUUAACACAAAGGUCAGUUGUAAAAGCCAUUCAUGAGCCCCAGGCAACAAUAUGAAACAAAAUCAAGAUUCUACAUCUGGAAAGUAACACAAGUCAGUGUACACAAGUUGCCUUCCUGACAUAACUGGUCAAUGUUGCAUACCUCAAGAAGAUGGAAAGUGAAACUUAUAUUCAUGCUAUUCUGUAUGAAGACAAGCUGGUCAAGUCGCCAGAUGUAGCACCUUUGUAUUUCUAUGCUAUCUGACUGUUGAACUGGCACUGAGAAACUGUUUUCCUCUUAUAAAGCAUUUGGCAUGAUAGCCUUAUGAUGGAGCCUUUAGCAAUGGAAACUAUGCUGCAGCACUGUUUUCAAGUCAUUAGACAGAGCAUGACGAUAACAGUAUGUUAUUAGUGUGGCACCAUGGGAUGUGUGUCAUCUAGAACAAGUCUGGAUGACCGAAGGAAUAUAUUCAAUGUGUGGAACAUUGAUGAUCGAGGAAAUCACUUGAAUGCUGGAAAAAUUGAAGUGACUGAAUCUGACUUAAUAUUGUACCAGCAUGGGAAAGGUGUAAUUCGUUGGCCUUUGCGCAGUUUGCGGAGAUAUGGAUUUGAUGCUGAGCUGUUCUCUUUUGAAUGUGGUCGACGUUGUCCUACAGGACCAGGAAUUUAUGCUUUUAAAUGUCGACGGGCUGAGCUACUUUUCAAUGUGUUACAAGAGUCAAUUCAGAACACUGGUGGAAGUGGAAGAGGAAGUGUGGCAGGGACUCCAGCUGACCAAAACAAUGUAACUGGUGUUGAUGUUUCUCUCUCAGCCAGUGGGAGCAUUGCUAGUCAUCUUGGUCAUCAUGGCUUAGAUGCUGCUGAUUAUCUUGAACCAAUCAGGGAUAAUGCUUCUACAUCUGCAGGAAUAACACCUCAAAGGUCAGUUGGAGCUUCUGUAGAAAGCUGUUGUAUUUUAAGAAAUGGAACAGUUACUUCUACAACAGGAAAUUCCUUGCAGUCUCGAGACACUGCCACAAUGCUAGGAAAUGAGGCAGGAGUAUCUAAUCUGUGUAGUUUAAGUUCUAGCAUUAGGCUUGCAAACCCACAUUACAUGAAUGAGGAGAUCUUUGCUCAUGUGUCUCGCUCCACUGCUUCUUUUCCAAGCCCAGUUGCACAUAAGUAUGUGAAAUCGAUAGUAAACGAAGAUAACUCCAGUAAAUGUGUUAAGCGCUCAUUACUUCAUGGGAAACACCCAUAUGUUAAUGGUCAUGUUCCACCUUGUGGCCAUUUAACCUGUGGUUUCAUACUUGCUAGUCAUUGCCAGGCUCGGUGUCCUCCUGAAGGUAGUGUUAUUUCAUGUGUACAUUGUGUUGAUUUUAACACUAACUAUACAAAAUUAGAUGAACUCUUGAAACAAGAGCAGACUGCAAAACAACAAAAAGAACAUUUUUAUGUUAAUAUAAGUCCUGAUAUAUCAAAUGGGUCAGCUAUUGCAAAGUGUGGCCUAAUAAACAAGACAGCUUCUAAUAACUUAUCCCAAAAUAACUGUAUUACUUCACCAGUGUCUCAUCCAGCAACCAGUGCAACAGGUCACCUUUAUGCUAAUAUUGGAUCCCCAUCCUCUGAAGGACAAGAGGAAAAGGCAUGUAUAGAUGAGACCACAAAAGAAGAAUCUGACAGUCAAAUGAACUAUAUUAUCCUAGACCUAGAUCAAAGUAGUGAUAAAACUAAUGUUGUUGCAUCUCCCUUGUCACCACCUGUUUCCCCUCCCACCUCUCCCUUACAGCAGCCAGAAGGUUAUGCAACAAUUGACUUUGAUAAAACUGCAGCUCUCUCCAACUCUGCUAAUCCAUCUAUGGUCAAUGAUGACAGUGUCCGAAAAACUCGGCAUAAUGGGAUAAUUCCUUCUUCUAGUCCAUAGAAAGAUAUAUUUGAACAUACUGUCAGCCAAUGUUACUGAAGAUCAACUAGAACAAUGAUUUUUUAACAAUCGUUAUACUCUGGCAUUAAUAAAUUUCUUACAACCAUCUGUUGGAAAUAUCGGAAUAUAACUUGUUCUUGAAAAAGUAAAAAAAAAUUAUACAAAGUUUUUAUUGAUGCACUUAAGUUAAUUCUUGAGCUUGAGAUUUUGAUGUGAUAAGAUGUGGAUUUUUGUUAUUAUUAUUAUUAUUACUGUAUUUAGACGUGGACAGAUUUUCUAAUAUAUGCUUCAAACUGCAUUUCUUCUUACAAGAGUAAUGCAUUAUGUUGCAGGAGCUGUAUAUAAGCCAUUCUUUACAAAAUGAUAAAAUCUUAUUGUUAAUAGCAAGUCACUUGAAGUAGUCCCAAUAGUUAUGAACCCCUUUGUUGUUGGGUUUUUUUUUUUCAUGUUCAUGUUGCCAAAGAUAUAUUAUGUGGUUUCAGCAUUGUUUGUUCUCGGAUGUUAUUCUUCAGGAUGUCAGUUACUCUUUGACCAUUCAAUAGGAUUUUUCAAAGAACUGGUGUGAAAGUAUAUGAACUUAUUCACUCAUAGAAAAUUGUAUGACUCUACAGUGAAUUAAUACACUGAUAACUAUUAGAAGUUUAUUUGAAUAUGUUUAUUAGUAAAUGUUAUGUAGUAACCACUAAUCUGUUAAAGCUGUGUCGUAUACAUCAGAAAAGGAUUUAAAGAUAACUCGCAAGUUUUAAAGUGCAGAUAUUUGAAACAUUGAUCUACUAAGAGGCAUUUUAUAAUGUGACAGGAACUUUACUUUAGGUCAACUAAGUGCCGUUUCUAAAUUAUUUUAUUCACUUUAUCUUUUUCUUAUCUAUAGAUGUGGUGUAGGUUUAUACUGUUGUUGCAUUAACCUUCAUAUAUGGUUUGGUCUAUGACAAAUCCUGUUGAAACAGAUCUAGUGUGAUGGUGUAUAUUUGGAGUGUUGUUACAGUAUCAUGUGAUCCAGCCAAGGCUAUAUCUUGCUAUAAUAAGGUCCAUGAAGAUGGUUUACAUUUUGUGUUAUUGCAAUAACCUAUGACCCAGCUUAGUCUGUAUUCUGCUAGACAAAGUUCAUGGAGGUGGUACAAGUUUUGAGUGUCAUAGCAAUAACCUGUGAUUCACACUAGGCUAUAUUCUGGUGUAUUUUAGGAUUAAUACAUAGAGAUGGAAUAAGUUUACAUUGUCUGUGAUCUAACCAGUGCUGUAAUUGAUCUGUUAGAUUGUAUAGGUGUAUGGUUCCUUUGAAGCAUCCUAUUAUUUUGUAAUGUAAUUGGACUUAAGUUAUUGUUUGGAUUUAAUCAUAAUAAUAUUUUUGUUCUGUUUGACCGAGUUGGUCUCAAUAGUAAUAAGUUGAGUUUGUCUGUUCUAACACGUCAUCUGGCCUGAACAUAUUCAGGUAGAAUAAACUGUUUGUAACCUGAGGUAUUAUAAUUUAAUGUCUCUGAACUCUUGCAUUCAUGAUGUAAGGGCUUUAAAAGUGAAAAAAGUUUGAAAUAUAUUUGCUCUCUCGAUUCUAAUCUGUUACAUAUUUUUAUGUGGUAAAGAUGAUUACAGUAGAAGGGGGGGGGAGAACCACAUAUUCUUGAAGUUAAUAAAGUUCUGAAUGCUAGAUGAAUUGUGGUAACUGCAAGAGAUGCCUUAUUGUGUGCCCUGUCCUGUAAUUCAGAAGACUCGCUCCCCUCACCAGAUACAAUGAGAGGGUGCUAAUGAAUUAUUUACACAAGACUGAAUAAAUUAAUGUCAUUGUUCUUUGUUUUUAACUGUGUGAUAAUCAGCUUUAUCAAAGUAGUUUCAUACAUGUAUACAACAGAUAUUUGAUAACAAAAAAUAGGGAUAAACUUUAGACCUGUUGACCUAAACAUUUAAUUUUGAAGUGCAUCUAAAAAAUUAUUAUAUCUCUCAAAUUUCCAAGGUUUUCCCUGGAAUAUCGUUCGUGGUUUUACACCACAGAAUAUUUGGACUCAACUUACAAGCUUUAUAGAAAGUUUUUAUAAAGUUAUCUGAAGAUAAGCAUGGAAAACCACGAACAUUAUUCUCAGACAUGUUUGUACAUCUGUGGAUAUCCUCAGAGAAUGUUCACAGAAUCCUUGGACAGUGUUGGUGAACAUUCAAUGACUUUUUUAAAAUUUGACCUGAUAGUAAUUGUACUCCUUUAUGCAAUAACCUAGUUUUGUAGUUGUUAAACUGCUUGAAAUUAUACAAAAACUCAACGAAUAAGAAUAUAGUUUUUUGAAGUUUGCAAAGUUCUUUGAAUCACAGCAUUAGAGUUUAACAACUUUUAUCAGUUUUGCAUUAUCUUGAGUAUCAGUUUUAAUGUACUUUUAAAUCCAAAAUGUGUUGUGAAACACUUUUGAUGGCUUGAAACUGUCCACUGUAUAGAGGGUUCAAGUUCUGAAAUGUUAAAAAUAUUCUCAAUGUUAGUUUCCAUAGAGAGGUGAGUCCCCCUUUUUUUUUCUUUUUCUUUUGCUUCUACAAAACUUAUUUGGCAAAAGUACUGUUAGAGUUUGAUAAAAUAUUUAUUUAGUGCUAUUAUAUACACACAUGCAAAAGCAAUGUUUUUUGUUUUGUCUUUUAAGACAGAACUUACAAUUUAAAUUUCAUAUCAUUCAAAUGUGUUGUUCCAUGUGGGUUUGUGUCCCGAAAAAGUUGAUAUUGUUGUCAAAGUUGAAAAUAUUAUCAAAGUAGUAAUGGUGUGCUGUUUGAUCGGUAUAUUUCAAAUUGACUGGCAAACUAAUAGUGAAAAAUGUCAGUCAAAAGUCGGAUUCCAAAGUAUCCUUCACUGAACUUUUCAAGGUUGAAAAACUUAAGUAUGUUUUUGAUUUAAAUGUUAUAUUCAUAAUCAGUAUUGCGAUAUUAGGCAUAAGGAGUUUAUUUUGGAACAUGGUUGCUUCAUCAAUAUGCAGUUGGUCAUCAUGUAGCCUUAUCAAUAUAACUCCAUUGAUAGUGUGGGUGCAGCAGUAUUUUCUUACAUUUUUGCUGUACACUGAAAAUGGCUAUAGGUUAGUCAGUCAGCUUUCCUUAUCACAACAUUACUUUUUAACUGGUGCCAUAAAUUUUCCACUCGGGUAGCAUCAAGACUUUUUGCUAGCCAUUUCAUAACAUACAUUACCAGCUCUUUCUGUCUCAUCAAAAUAAUUGUUAUACUAUCACACCUUGGUUUGCAUGCAAUACCCAGUCG